AUGUGGUUUCAUUUCUUAUGCAGUGCGGCGUUCCUAGGUGGCGGCAUGCUAUCGAGUGCCAAGUCCGAGUCGAUGAUGAAACUCGGGCAAAAUGUGAUCGUGGCAGGUCUGGUUGUGCAGAUCAUCUCAUUCGGCUUUUUCAUUGUUGUCUCCGCCGUCUUCCAUCGUCAAAUGCUCGCAACCCCAAUGCAUUUCAUGGUCCAAACCACUAUCCCCUGGACGCGAUACAUGAUAGUGCUGUAUUCCCCAAGUACUUUGAUCAUGAUCCGAUCGAUCUAUCGAGUGGCUGAAUAUGUGCAAGGGAGCACCGGGUAUCUUCAAAGCAAAGAAGCCUUUGUUUAUAUCUUUGACGCAUCUCUGAUGAUGAUGUGUUGUAUUUUGUUCAAUAUUUUUCACCCAAGCAACAUUCUCUUCAAGUCAACAAAUGGCUCAAAUGAGGAUGUUGAGAUGUUGAAUGACACUGGAUACAGGAACGUCCAGUGA